AUGCACCAUGGUAAUGGUCCUCAGAAUGCCCAACGCCAGCUCCAGAGGUCCAGGUCCUUCACAGGCAGUGAGGGAGAAGAGCAACAGGCAAAUUUACCCCAGUCCCCUGCAGCUUCUUUUGCACCUUCUGCAAGUCCAUCUGCGCCCCAGUCCCCCAGUUACCAAAUUCAGCAAUUUAUCAUGAGUCGGAGUCCGGUGGCUGGGCAGAACGUCAACAUCACGCUGCAAAACGUCGGACCGGUGGCUUCAGGAAACCAGCAGAUCACUCUGACCCCACUGCCAAUUCCAAACCCGACGUCACCCAGUUUUCAGUUCAGUCCCCAGCAGAGGCGGUUUGAACAUGGAUCCCCAUCGUAUAUUCAGGUCACGUCACCGCUGCCCCAGCAGGUUCAGUCUCAGAGCCCGACGCAGCCCAACCCUGUGCCAGUGCAAACGUUACCCAACGUUCGGGCCGGCACUCCGGGCCCUGGGCUGGGCAUGUGCAGCCAGAGCCCUACUAGAGGCUUUGUAGAUGCUAGUGUGCUUGUGAGACAAAUCAGCUUGAGUCCUUCAAAUGGUGGACACUUUGUUUAUCAAGAAGGACCAGGAAUUGCACAAAUUGCUCAAGGAGCUGCUGCACAAGUACAGCUUCCAUCUUCUGGGACGACGGCUACGGUAAGGGAGCGCAGGCUUUCCCAACCUCAUUCGCAGUCUGGUGGCACCAUUCAUCAUCUCGGUCCUCAAAGUCCUGUAGCUAGCGGAGCAAAUAUGCAAUCUUUGACUAGCCCGGGCCACAUUACGACUACCAGCUUGCCACCCCAAAUCAGCAAUAUUAUCCAAGGGCAACUUAUGCAACAGCAGCAGCAAGUGCUUCAGGGACAGCCGCUGGGUAGAGCCAUUGGAUAUGACAGGACUUCUGGUGGAUUGAUAGCAGGAGUUGGAGGACCUAGUGCAUUUGGAAUGACGUCACCACCUCCUCCCACAAGUCCUUCACGGGCCACUGUACCACAGGGGCUGUCAAGUCUUCCUCUUACUCCUACAGUUAACACGACAGUGAAAAAACAACCCAAAAAAUUGGAGGAGAUUCCUCCUGCCAACCAAGAGACUGCUCAAAUGAGAAAACAAUGUUUGGAUCAUCACCACAAGCAGAUGGAAAUCCUUAAGGAAACUUUUAAGGAAUGUUUGAUUGAACUGUUUUUCCUGCAACAUCUUCAAGGGAAUAUGAUGGACUUUCUGGCUUUUAAGAAGAAACACUGCGUUCCACUGCAAGCAUACCUGAGGCAAAAUGACUUGGAUCUGGAGGAAGAAGAAGAGGAAGAACAAUCCGAGGUCAUCAAUGAUGAGCAAACGCAUACAGGGACUCCAGUAACUGGGACUGUGAACACCAUAGAAAUUGAAGCUUUUAAGAGGCAGCAGGCACUCGCACCAGCAGAUUCGUCUAAGAGACCACGAAUUGAAGUGGGCCGUCAUGGGAUGGUUUUUCAGCACCCGGGUGUGGCUUCAGGAGUUCCUCUUCAACAGCUAAUGCCAACGGCACAAGGUGGAAUGCCUCCCACUCCUCAAAGUGUACAGCUGACUGGACAGAAACAGAGUCAACAGCAGUAUGACCCAUCUAAAGGCCCUCCUGUGCAGAACGCAGCAAGUCUGCAUACGCCUCCGCCGCAGCUGCCAGGGAGACUGCAGCCUGCAAAUGUCCCUAUGACGUCUCUCCCAGCUGCGCUGCAGCUUUCACAGCAGCAACCACAGAUAGUGGAAUCUCCAGCUCAGCCUCAGAUUCAGGUGAAGAUCCAGCCUCAAAGUGUACCCCUGACUUCCACUCCACUUCCAGCACCACUUCAACAGCAGGUGCCACCAGCAAUCCAUGUGCAAGGACAGACGCCAAACCAAGUGUCACAGCCACAAGCUACAGUACAGCAACAGACUGUGACUCUGACACGACCAUCUGCAGAUCCUGCUCAGACCUCUCAGCGUCUUACGGCAAAUACACUACCACCUACCUCAUCCGUUGCGCCAGCAACUGUCUCAGGCACAACACCGCCUUCUACAUAUCCAGUACAAACAAACAGGACCUCUCCAGCAACUAACAAGUCCCUGUCUCCUAUUGCAUCAAAACCCCCAGGCUUAGCAGUAGCAGCAACACCUAAAACACAAAGUCCAGCUCAGAAUGCAGCAGUAUUACCACAGGACAACUCUCAAGACAAGCUUGCUGAGCAAGUAAAGCUGGAAAAUCAAAUCCAUCAGCGAAUAGCAGAACUGAGAAAGGAAGGUUUGUGGUCCCUGAGGCGACUGCCUAAACUCCAAGAAGCUCCAAGACCAAAAUCUCACUGGGAUUAUUUGCUGGAAGAAAUGCAGUGGAUGGCAACUGAUUUUGCACAAGAGAGAAAGUGGAAGAUGGCAACUGCUAAGAAG